AUGUGGAAUCCAUUAGAUCAAACUUUGUCUUCUAGUUGUAGAAAGCUUGAGACAUUUGGUAUUUUGUGUCGACAUGCUCUAAAAAUUCUUGAUGUAUUGGAUAUCAAGUUGAUUCCUGACAGAUAUAUUACAAAGAGAUGGAGAAAAGACGCAAAAGAUGAGAAUGCAAAAUAUUUCACAAAGAAGGACAUUGAGUCAGAUAUUCGAUUGGAAUAUGCAGAUAGGUAUCGAGCUUUGUGUCCUAAAUAUAUUCAAUUGGUGAAUGAGGCAUGUGAAACUGAAGAAGGCUUUAAUAUUCUAAAUGCAAUUGUUGGAGAUUUGAAGAAAAGACUUUGUGAUGCAAAGAAUUGCCAAGGUAAUGCGAAAGAAGAUAAUAUUAGGCUUUCAGCUAAUAUUGUGGACAAAGAAGAUCAAUCAUGUGUUUCAGUCACGGUAGGACCAAAAGGAAUAAAGAAAAAAGAGACUUAUCGUAAAAAGAAACAUCGACCCAAGUCAUGGAUGGAAAAUGUGAAGAAACCAAAAGAAGGCACAUCAAAGAAUCAAACAAAGGAAAUCAUAGUGACAAAGGGUAUAGAAGCAUAUGAUUGCAUGGCACAGAAGAGUAACGAUGAUAUCACAUAUGCUCAUGUUCCUAACUUUACCCAAAUAUCUAAGGAUCUUAGUGGUCUCAUGAAUGAAGGAACAUGGUGGAAGGUCUAG